UCGAACGGCACACAUCGUCUCUUGACCCACCACACGACUUAAUUUCAACGUGUAAUAAAGUAAAGUUUUGUGGUGUAUUUAAGUUGACUAAUUUUCUCUAUAGACAUGAGCAUCUUUUCCUUCAACGGAUUCCUCUUACUAGGCUUUGCCGUGGCCACGGUACCGAAUGUUCUGAGGCUGGGUUCACUUCAAGCCACGAGAAUUUUGGACCAGAAUCCGUCCCCGACGAUGUGCAACUACAGCAGAGCUAAUUCAAUACUAAAAGCUCAGUGCUCCAAUCGAAAAUUGCGGAAAAUCCCUUUAGAUUUGAAGGCGAAUAUACAGGUGCUGGAUAUUAUUGGAAAUCAAGUGAUAGAACUAAAAAACGAAAAUGUGCAUCUUUACAAGAAGCUGGUCUUCAUUUAUCUAAAUGAAAAUUACAUUUAUAACAUCAAAGAGAUAGCCUUCGCCAAUCAGCCUUAUUUGGAGGUUCUGGAUCUCACGGACAAUCUUUGACGCACACUGCCCAAAAGUAUCUUCCAAUUGCCGUAUCUUCACACGCUCUAUCUCGGCGACAACAAUCUCAUCGAUUCCGCGUUUAAGGUGAAGGUCACUUCAUCCCUCAGAUUGCUGCAGCUGUUCAAGAAUAAGCUAACUGCGAUUCUAAACAUAGGCGUCCAGCCGAUCCUCCUUCAUUUAUCUAGAUGAAAAUUACAUGCAUAACAUCAAAGAGGUAGUCUUCGCUAAUCAGCCUUACUUGGAGGUUCUGGAUCUCACGGACAAUCUUUGACGCACACUGCCCAAAAGUAUCUUCCAAAUGGCGCAUUUUUGCAUGCUCCAUCUCGGCAACAAUUUGCUCACCGCUUCCGUGUUCAAGAUGAAGGCCACUUUGCCUCUUAGACUGCUGCAGCUGUUUAAGAACAACCUAACUGCGAUUCCAAACAUAGGCGCGUUUAACCGACCCUCCUUAAUCUCGACGUGUCUGACAACUUCAUUACCUCGAUCAGCACCGAGGAUUCUACUCGCUGAAGGAGCUCGAUCUGACCAGAAAUAGCAUCAGAUUCAACUGGGGCAGCUGCAAUUGUCAGACGUUCAACGUUUGGGUUAAGAUGCGGCGGAUCAAGAUGAAGCCCGACGAUCUCUAAAACUGCACCGAUUCACCGGCAGCUCUGAACAAGAAUUGCGCCAACGUGAGUUUCAGCAAUCGGACGUACAAGCUGUUUAACGAGUGCUCAGCUAUCAUACAGCAGGAGUUGGAGACCGAGAAAGCUUGAUCGGUUUGGAUAAGCGUUGCUUUAUGCGUCACAGUGCUCCUUUUCGUGGUCUUCUUGGCGUUGUUUUGCACGCAAAAUAACGCCACGCAGACCACAAAGAAAAACCCCGAGAUGAAGUGGACGAUGCUUAUCCAGACCGAUCAAGCCUUUUCGGUCUCUAUCUUAUACUGUAUUAUAGCCGAGCACUCGUUAAACAGUUCAUACGUCCGAUUGCUGAAUUCCACAUUGCUGCAGUCCUCGUGCAGAGCUAUAGGUUAAUCGGUGUAAUUGUAGAGAUUGUCGGACUUCAUUUUGAUUUGUCAUAGCUUCACCCAGGCGUUGAACGUCUGACAAUCGUAGCUACCCGCUUUAAAACUUAUACUAUUCCCGGUCAGAUCAAGCUCCUUCAGCAAGCAGAAAAGCGCCAGAUCCUCGGUGCUGAUCGAAAUGAUGUUGUCGGACACGUCGAGAUUAAGAAGGGUCGGCUAAAUACCUAUGUUCGGGAUCAUGGUUAGCUUGUUCUCGGCCAGCUGCAGCAGUCUAAUGGGCGAAGUGACCUUCAUCUUAAACGCGGAAUCGGUGAGCGGUCUUGGGCCCCCUGAUCGAACCACUCAUGGAUCGGAGAACAAGGAGUCUCACUUAACGGUACCAUGACGGUUUCUCCAGCAUCACACACACAAAAAAAAAAGGUUAUCGUCGAGAUAGAGCGUGCGAAUAUACGGCAUUUGAAAGAGAUUUUUGGGUAGUGUGUGCAAACGGUUUGCUGCUCCUUCUGGUUCUUGCGCUGUCUCCGGUUUCGCUUGUGCACGCAAAACAACGUCACGAACACCACAAAGAGGAACACCGAGAUGCACAAGGCGACGUAUAUCCAGACCGAUCGAGCCUUCUCAAUCUUCAUCUUAUGCUGUAUCAUGGCCGAGCACUCGUUGAACUCGUACGUCCGAUUGCUGAAUUUCACAUUGGUACAGUCCUCGUGCAGAGUUGUAGGUGAAUCGGUGCAAUUGUAGAGAUUGUCAGAUUUCAUUUUGAUCUGUCGUAGCUUCACCCAGACGUUGAACGUCUGACAAUUGCAGCUGCCCACGUUGAAUCUGAUGCUAUUCCUGGUUAGCUCGAGCUCUUUUAGUGAGCAGAACGGCGCCAAAUGGAGGAGCUGAUGGCGAACAAAUACAACAUCUAGCUGCAUCAACAGCAACGUGACUGUAAUUAGUGAACCAGCUCUUCGAUUACACAAAAACAUUGUUUAUUUCUCGUAAAUAUAUAUUCGAUUAAAUGCUCUGUGAAUCCUGAGUCAAUUAAACUUUUUCAAUAAACACAAAUACGACAGUUCUUGCUCUCUUUUUCUCGUUUUUUUACUUAUAGCAAACAUCGUUUAUUUGAGAAAUAAGCUGCUAAUAAAGAGCGAGAAAGAAUUUAAUCGACUGUGAAUUUACAGAGAACUUAAUCGGAUAUAUUAUAUAUUUACGUGCCUAUGCUUGAGCAUCAUUAAUACACAUCGCGCAAUGUUCAAUAAACGUAAAAUUAUUAUAAUAACUUAAAUGCUGUUUCUGGCGCGAUUGCCAUUUUUGGAAAAAUAUAUUACUAAUUUU